AUGCUUCGUUUCGCUGCUAGAGCACCCCGUCUCAACGCAGAGUCUAUUGCAGGCACGCCAGGCAACGGACUGAGAACCAUGGGUUUCAAUGGACCCGCACAGGUCGUGAACAACUUCGGCAUUGAAGUCAGCAAGGAGUUGAUCACCGUUCCCGGCAGAAUACUACCGACACCUAAGGUCUACUACGGAAGCAAGGAGAUGCAAGCCAAAGAAGGAUCCUGGAAUCUGAUAAAAGUCAAGUUUGCUAAGCCUGGUUCGAUCGGCAAAUGGGCCUGCGCCGUCCUGGAUUACACCGAUGCAAGGGGUAAUCCUGAUCCAAGGGGCAACGCGUUAUUACCUCAAGGCCACCAGAUCCAAGACAUGGAGGUCUCUGACGCCAACGGUAUCCUGACGUCCCUUGAGCGCCACUUGAAUACUUAUGGAGUCCGCAUGGGUACACGUCUGCAGACUCAGGACAUCCCUCUUCCUCGUCCCAAUGAGCAAAGUCGCAAGGCUAUCGAUAAGAAGCUUGACGAGACCUUUUUCAAGGCUGCAUCGCAUGGUAUUGAACUUCUUUUCAUUAUCCUCAAGGAAGCAGACAAGUGGCUUUACAGUCGCAUCAAGUACUACGGUGAUGUCAAGCAUGGCAUACAGGAACUAAAACUUGCAACAACACACUUAUCAAAUGAAAUCGAAAUGUUGUAA